AUGUCUUCUGUGCAAAACAUAAAUCUAGGGCGCAACAAAUUCACGGGGAACCUUUCAAGGGAUGUCGGGAAUAUUACCAUGCUAACAGAGUUACAACUCCAGGAAAACCAUUUAACAGCAUUAGACUUGAACAGCUUGAGUGGUUCAAUUCCACAUGAGCUCUUUAACGUUUCAACUCUUCGGAUUCUUUCACUUGUCGGCAAUGCUCUGUUAGGGGUUCUUCCAACCCAUUUAUGCCAUGCCUCUCCCUCUCUCGAAGAACUUUAUCUUGGCAAUAAUUCCAUCAGUGGAGCAAUACCCAACUCCAUCUCUAACUGUUCUCAACUCACAAUUCUCUCACUUUCUGUAAACAAAUUCAGUGGUUAUAUACCUACUCAUCUCGGCAACCUAAGACUUCUCCAACUUCUUGAACUGAACAACAACAAUCUUACCCAGCCACCAUCUUCUUCCUUCAUUACUUCAUUGACAAAUUGCAAGUCUCUAACUCAUUUGUCAUUUGGUGAUAAUCCUCUAAAUGGUGUCAUUCCAGCUUCUGCCGGGAACUUAUCUUCCUCGCUUUCAAUAUUCUAUGCCAAGAACUGCAAAUUCAGUGGCAGCAUUCCUGUUGAAAUAGGCAAUCUAAGCAAUAUGAUGGUACUGGAUUUAUCUGGGAAUGAGCUAUCUGGUAAUAUUCCACUAACUAUAAGCCAUUUACAUGAACUUCAAGGUUUAAAUCUGUCUCAUAACAAGUUGGGAGGCUCAAUACCACAUGCUAUAUGUGAUCUAUUCAGCCUCGAUACUUUAGUUAUGAGCAAGAAUCAAUUUUCAGGCCCAAUUCCUAAAUGUCUGGGAAAUGUCUCUUCUUUAAGAAAUCUUCAUCUAGGCUCCAACAUUUUGAAUUCUAGCAUACCAUCAAGCUUAUGGGGCCUAAAAGAUUUGAUCAUUCUAGACUUAUCCUCAAAUUCAUUAAAUGGGUCACUACCUCUAGAGAUGAGUAACUUAGGAGCAGCGAUCUAUAUAAAUGUAGCAAUGAAUCAGUUGUCAGGGUCAAUUCCCAGGAAUAUCGGAAAGUUGCAGAUCAAUUUGGUUUAUUUGUCUUUGGCAUAUAAUAGACUAGAAGGUUCUAUUCCUGUGUCUAUGGGAAGCAUGAUCAGUUUGGUUAAUCUCGACUUGUCGUACAACAACCUCUCUGGUUCAAUUCCAAAUUUACCACAUUUAUAUUCAUUAAAACUCUCAUCCAACAAAUUAAACGGUGAGCUUCCAUUCUCCAUCUGCAACUUGACAUCCCUUGGUAUUCUUCUACUCUCAAAUAACAGUUUGGAAGGGUCAAUUCCGCAAUGCUUUCGAAACUUGAGCAAAUCUUUGGUCAUAUUUGAUUUAAAUUCAAAUCACUUUAGUGGCCCUAUUCCAUCAAUAUUUAUGAGAGGGUGUAUUCUUGAGUCCAUCAAUUUGAGUGGUAAUAAAUUGCAAGGAAAUUUGCCUAAAUCCUUAAUCAAUUGCAAAAGUCUUAAGGGCCUCGAUGUUGGAAAUAAUAGAAUACAAGACAAAUUUCCGUUUUGGAUGGAAGCUCUUCCUCAGCUUCGAGUGCUCGUCUUGAAGUCUAACAAGUUUGAUGGUAACAUGUCGCUGCCUUCAUGA